GUUGAUGCCUCUUUCUAUUAUCUAUUUGUUUACUUUGUUUAUUUAUUUAUUUUUUCUCAAAAUUCAAAAUGUGAUUUUGAUCUAUUUGCAAUAUAGCAUAGUUAUCGCUGUAUUUUUUCCUUUCAUGUUUCUAAUACUUGUACGAUCUUUUAUUCUUAUUAUGUUAAGAAUCUAUUGCCCAUUUAUUUGACGAUCAACUUUUCUUAGAACUAUCGAAAAUUAUUGCUGUUUUCAUUUUUGUAUGGAUAAUUAUUUUUAAAUUCUGAAGAUUAAACAUUGUUGGAAGAAAAAUAAAACAAGUCUAACACUGAUAAAAUAGAAAAUUAACUAUAGUUGUUUUUUUUCAUCAUCUUGCAAAUGAAUAAAGGAUGCUAAAUGAAUAGAAUCGAUUGAAUUAUCUUAGAGUAUGUUUUUCCUUCUUCUGUUAAUGUUAAGACAUCUUUCUAUUUAUCAUGAUGAUGAUAGGAGAAAUCUUUGUGUUUCUCUCUGCAUCCACUGAUUUUGCUCAGAAGUAGACAAAUAAAUAGAUUAUAUGCAUCAAAACUGAGACAGUCAUAUGAUUUGUUACUCUUUCUUGAUGAAUCUUUAUCUCUUUAGAAUGAUUUAGUAUCUCGACUAUUUAAAGUUUGUAAGAAGUUUAUUUUAACGACUGCAUCAUUUAUUUACAUGUUGAAAUGUGCAUGUUUUUCUUCAGUUCUAUAUUGUUUAUCUUCAUAUUAUUUCUAUUAAUAUUCUAAUUCGCUUUCGGUGGAUUAUUGAUUUCAUCAUUGACUUUUUGCAUGAAGAGUGUCAUGUUUUUUUUCUCUCUUAUUCGUAGUAUAUGAUAACUAGUUUUUUCCUGAGCAACUUAUUGUCAGUCAAGAUUUAAUACAGAUGGUAAACGUUUCAUCUUUCUAUUUAUUGUCUAGAGCAAAAUAGUUUUUUUUUUCAUUUUUCUAUUCACAUUAACACAGACAAGGAAGAAAUGAAUAGCUAUAUUUCUUAAGUUUCAAGGUCAUCUAAGUUAUCGUUCAAAAUUUAUUGUACUCAAUUGACAAUAUCGAUAUUAAGAAGGUAGAUGAUUAGUAAAAGUAUUACAAAUAAAUUUUAUGAAACUGAUCAUUAUAUUUUUAUUCUAAAUAUGUAAAACAAAAACAACGUCGAAACUUAUUUUAGCUCUAGAUUUCAUAAGAACAUAAAAGGACAAAAAUGAAUCACAUGAUCCUCUCAUCAUAAGAAAAAAAAGAGUAGAAAAUAAAAUCGAUAAAAAGAUCUUCGCAUGUUUUCGAAUAAUGUAUUUUCUUAAUAAUGAUGUCAGUUGAAAGUAUAGCGAAUUUUUGAUCAUAGUUCAGACGUUUCGAAUAUAUAUUUUGUACGUCUGUUCAACUUUUAUAUAUUGGAAACUAUAGAAAAAAAUACUUAGAAUGGCAGAAAACCUAUGAAACAAUCUCUAUAUACAGAGCGUGCAAUAGUUCAAUGAACCUCGUAAACGUAGAAUAAUUUUUAUUGCCCAAUGUGUCCUAAAAGUAAAGUUCCUUUCUAAAAGUUUUUUCAUUUCAUUUCACUAUUGACUGGACUUGACUGACUAAUUUUUUUGGAUGAUAGAUGAAUGCACAGAGUUUUUUGUUUCUAAGGAAAAACUUCAAAAGCAUUGUUAAAAGUUAAGACAUUUAGCCGAAAAACAAAACUUCAGCCUAUUUUCUAUUUCUGAAAAUACUCAUGCAUGAUAUGUGUUUUAAUUGCUUGAAUUUUGGUUUAGUACUAUUCAUUUUGUUUUCAUAAAGACAUACCAUAAAGAAAUUGUGUAAAAAGAUCGUUUCAGUAUUGGACAAUUUAAAGAUUCGAAUUACACAACAACUUCAUGUUAUUAAAAAAGAAAUGCUAUGUAAUGCUUUUCUAGAAAAAGAAGACAGACUAAAUUUUUGUAUUUUGGCUAAAGGUCUUAACUUUCAACAAUGCUUUUGAAGUUUGUCUUUAGAAAUAAAAACUCUGUGCAUUUAUGUAUUAUCAAAAAAAAGUGAGUCAAUAAAGUCCAGUCAAUAGUGAAAUGGAACGAAAAAACUUUUAGGAAGGAACUUUUAAGACACAGUGUAUAUCUUUACAUGUUAGUAAACAUUCGGUUUUUUUAAUUGAAUACAUCCGUAGAGAGAACAAUAACAUAUUCCAUAGAUCUGCGUGCAUUAUUUGAAAUAUAAUUUAGAUGAAUUUUUAGUUAUAUCAAUCUUGUUAUCAUCUUCUAAAAACUGACUUAUUAUAGUUGAAUUUCAAAUGCUUUUGAGUUUUUGUAAUUUGAUGCGUUCUUACAGAUCACUAUCAAACUAAUAAGUCAUUUAUUACAAAAAAGAUAAUAACAUUGAAUUCUUAUAAGGUGUGCGUGGGUGUAGGUGCGAAUGAAGAAUCGGAACACUCAUAUCCAUUCAUACUCAUAUUAGUUCAAAUAUUUAGCAUCAGCAUUCUAGUAAGAUGCAGAUAAAACCUGAGCAUUUUUCAGUUUUGAAUUCGGACACUAUCUAUUAUUUUAUAACUAAGGUGCUUGUCUGUAAUCCAUAGGAAUCUUUCUAGCAUUUCCAGACGAUGUUUUGUAUCAAAUCUUUUCGAAAAUUUGAUAAUAUCUGACUGUUACCCUUUUGACCUCUCUGAAUAAGCUCCUGCUUUCCAAGUUACAAAAAGAAUAUUCUAAGCUCGUGCCUGUAGAAAGCUAACUAAGUCCUUAUCUUUUCCUAUGGAGAGUACCAAUAAGAUUAGCAUUAGUCUUCCGAAUAUUUCAAAAAGUAGCAGACGUCAAAUUCCAAAGAUCCGCGUGGAAUUCUGUCAAAUUUACUCAGUUUCGCAUGCAUACGAAUCUUCUUAUGAUCUUGCUGAGAUCCUAUCAAUAUACUGAUCCUUAAGAAUUCCCAAGAACAUAGGGAUUAGGUUUGAUGUUUCUGGUUCAAGAAUUCGACAUCCUCCUAAAAAGAUGCAGCUAGAAUCUUCUCAGGAUUUUUUCAGUUUAGGAGUUUCACAUGGUUCAUUAUUUUAUGGCUUAAAUUCUUGUCUGAUGUUCAUACAGCUUGAUUCAGUUAUUUUUGAUAAUUUUGUGUAGUUUGCUGUAUUUAUGUAGAAUCUUGAGAGUUUCUUAUUUUGAUCGAGUUAAAUAAAGUAUUGAUUACUCUAUCGAACCAUAUAGUUUUCAUUUUAUUUUCUCUCGAUCUACUUGAACAAUUUGAUAAAUAUCGAAAAGCAGCGAAAAAGAGUUUUUUUUAUUCAGCAAUUUUAAGAUAAUGUCUGAGGUAAUUUUUUCGAUGGCUAAUAUUUAUUGGACUACUGAAACUUUUUAUUUUUGUAUAGGAUGAUAGACCUGUCCUUUCUCUAUCGGGCUAUAUAUUUUCAUUGGGUUUAUGCUUUAUCUUUACUAUAAGCUUGGGUGACUUUUCUAAUAAAUGUGUUUCUGAACUUUUUCAUAUAUUUGGUUUUUUACUUUUCUACAAAGAAAUUUUGAUUAUUUCAACAUGUAAACUUUUUUCUUUCAUAUAUAUACAGCUGAAUAGAACAUUGAUUCCUCUAUCAAUUUAUAUAAUUUUGAUUAGAGUUACGUCCAGUCUUAAAGAUGAAUUAUUGUAAAAAGUACUACAAACUUGGUUUUUCACUGAUAGAAAAAUAGACCAAAACUUAACAGUAAAAGUCAUUUUUCUCUACACUUUCGAAUCUGUUUUGUCCAAUAUUUUUUAUACGAGGAAGUGACAUGGAUCUCUUCCAUUUAAAAAGCAAUUUUCAUUAUUAUUGAGCUCAUUGUUGCAUAAAUAUGAGCGUGCAAAAGUUUCGUAACAGCGCUUCUCGAAUUUUAUCGAAUUUUUGGACAAGAUGUAAAAUCAAUAAAAAAUAGAAACUAUUUAAUUCGAUAGAGUAAUUGAUGCUUUAUCCAGUUAUAUGAAAACAAAAAAAAUCUCUGAUAUUUUGUAUAGAUACAAUAAACUGCACAAAACUAUCAAAAAUAACUGAAUCAAGCUGUAUAAAUAAUCAUCCUGCAAAAGAUUCUGCAUUCGAGAUUACAAAAUAAAAUCCUCAGAUCUCUAUAUUUUUCUAUCGAAAGCUCACGUACAAUUUUCAUCCACUGCGAACGCUCUACUUUUUUUGGCAUCUCAGAGAUCUUGGCGAGAACUAGAAGUGACAUAGAUAUAAGAAUCGUUACGAAAUCCUUCUUUUUCAUAGGAAACUCGGAGAAGCUUCUGCAUUUUUAUCUGCAGAAAGAACAUUCACGAAAGUUUUACCAAAGUGCUUUCGAAGAAGACGAAUAUCUCCUUCAUACCUCUUUCUCCCACGAGUGAGGGGAUAUCUCUUCGAUAACGACGAUUCCUUUUCUUUUUCGUUCAUUGUAGUGAUUCCGAAUAUUCCAGUUGAUGCUCGAUGGACGCAGAAUGGAGUGACCGUUGCUGGAGGUCAUGGAGCAGGCAGUGCCACCAAUCAACUCAACCACCCCUUCGAUCUCUUCGUUGAUGAUGAUCAAACGAUGGUUAUUGCUGACAUGUACAAUCAUCGUAUCAUCCAAUGGAAGAUGGGUGAUAUGAAUGGACAAGUUAUAGCUGGUGGUCAUAAUCAAGGAAAUCGAUUGGAUCAACUGAAUGAUCCAGCCAAUGUGUUGAUCGACAAAGAGACGGAUAGUCUCAUUAUUUGUGAUUACGGGAAUCGACGAGUCGUACGAUGGUCUCGUCGUAGUGGCGCAACUCAAGGAGAAAUCCUCAUCGACAACAUCCGUUGUUAUGGAUUGGCCAUGGAUGAUCAGAGAUAUCUCUACAUCUCUGACAUCGAAAAACAUGAAGUAAGACGAUAUCGAAUAGGGGACAAGGAUGGAACUGUCGUGGCUGGUGGCAAUGGCAAAGGUGAUGGUCUCAAUCAACUCAACGAUCCGCGCUACAUCUUUGUUGAUCAACAACAUACUGUCUACGUGUCAGACCGUGAGAAUAAUCGUGUGAUGAAAUGGAAUAAAGGUGCAAAAGAAGGAAUUGUCGUCGCUGGGGGCCGAGGCGGAGGGAAUGCUCUGACACAAUUGUGGGAUCCUGAUCGAUUGUUCGUCGAUACAUUGGGUACCAUCUAUGUGGCAGACUCGUGGAAUCGUCGAGUGAUGCGCUGGCCUAAAGAAGCAAAACAGGGCACUGUCAUUGUGGAUGGCAAUGGUCCAGGAGAAGGAGCAAAUCAGUUCAAUCGUCCCAUCAGUUUGUCCUUCGAUCGACAUGGCAAUCUCUAUGUUACCGAUCGUCUAAAUCAUCGUGUUCAACGUUUCUCUAUUGAAUAG